CGCGAAGUUUCUAGUGACCAACUCGCUUUCUUUCUCGAUACGUUUUUGCUCUUCUUCAUGUUCGUCGUCACUCUUUUAUUUCUCGUUAAGUUAUUUUUCUUCAGAUAAUAAUAAAUUUGUAAGUAGAGAUCUCAAAUUGAGUUUCAGAUCAAGCCUCUUGCUUCGCAAUGUCUUCUCCUGCAGAAUACUAUAACUCGCUUCCUCCUAUAAGCAAGGCUUAUGGGACCAUAUGUUUGUUCGCUACUACGGCCUAUCAAUUUGGCUUCUAUGAUCCUGAAACUAUUGCAUUGAUCUAUAAGCUAGUAUUCUCCCAUUUUCAGCUGUGGAGGCUGAUUACAAACUUCUUUUUCCUUGGCCCAUUCUCUAUCAAUUUUGGGAUUCGCCUCUUGAUGAUAGCAAGAUAUGGAGUCCAACUGGAGACUGGACCGUUUCAAAGACGUACAGCAGAUUUCUUGUGGAUGAUCAUAUUUGGUGCCAUGUCCUUAUUGGUAUUAUCAGCCAUCCCCUGGUUCCAGUCUGCCUUUUUGGGGAUAUCAAUGGUUUUCAUGCUUCUCUAUGUAUGGAGUAGAGAAUUUCCAAAUGCCAAUAUCAACAUAUAUGGCCUUGUGACCCUUAAGGCAUUCUAUUUACCAUGGGCCAUGCUUGCUUUGGAUGUAAUUUUUGGCUCACCAAUUAUGCCAGAUCUGUUGGGAAUCAUUGCUGGACACCUCUAUUACUUUUUAAGCGUGUUGCAUCCGCUUGCUGGUGGAAAGAACAGACUAAAAACGCCAAUGUGGGUGUAUCCUUUUGCCUUUUUCUCAGGAUGACAUGCACAUGUUGCUUUUCGAAAAUUUUGGCUGCUUUGCUUAUUGAAACACCAUUAUGAAUCUCUCUUCGGGGGGGCUUCUAACACCUGCCUUUCUAUUUUUCGUGGAAGUAGAAUUAUCAGCUGAUGCUCCACUUGCUGGAAGUUUUAAAUUUUCUUAACCGCCAUUACAGACAUAAGCUAGUUGCAAGGUGGGGAAUAGGAGCUCCAAUGAUCAAUCAUGCACAGCCUGACAGGGCUACUGGGGCAGCUUUCAGAGGAAGAUCUUAUCGUGUUGGUGGAUGACACUGCUGUUGUCGCUCCAGUGCGGGAUUCAGAGAUUCUA